GACUGUAUACAUAAUUCAGAAUUAACGGAAGAAGCCAUCGGAGGGAAGGGCCAGACACCUUUAGACCCUCGCAACAAGUUGAUGGUAGUGUUCCAGGACAGUGCCACCAAGAUGAGAUACGAGGACCCUUUCGACGUCGACACCUUCAUCAACAACCUGCUUUUCCUCAAGAAAUAUCCGGGUCCCCAGAUCCGCAUGGAAGAGAGUCAGAUUCGCGCUCUCGUCGCAGCCGCCCGCCAGGUCCUCCUCGAGCAGCCGACCCUGGUGGAGCUGGAGGCGCCCGUCAACAUCGUGGGGGAUAUCCACGGCCAGUUCAACGACCUCCUGCGCCACUUCGACAAGCUGGGAUAUCCUCCGGACCAGAACUACCUCUUCUUGGGGGACUACGUGGACAGAGGGAAGCAAUCCCUGGAAACCAUCUGUCUUGUUCUCGCCUACAAGGUCAAAUACCCCAACAACUUCUUUAUUCUCCGUGGCAACCAUGAAUGCGCCUCCAUAAACAGGAUAUAUGGUUUUUAUGACGAGUGUAAGAGACGAUACAACGUCAAGCUGUGGAAGACUUUCACUGAUCUCUUCAACUGUUUACCGCUAUCUGCACUCAUCGAAGGAACCAUCUUGUGUAUGCAUGGGGGCCUCUCGCCUGACUUGCAGAGCCUUGAACAGUUGCGUAACAUCGAGCGACCUCUGAACGUACCUGACGCCGGCCUGGUGUGCGACCUUCUCUGGGCUGACCCUGAUGAGGAGGUUCCCGGGUGGGGCCCCAACGACCGCGGUGUCUCGUGGACGUUCGGCGGGGACGUGCUGAAGGCCUUCCUCGAGCACCACGACCUCAGUCUCGUUGUCAGAGCUCACCAGGUUGUCGAGGACGGCUACCAGUUCUUCGAGAAGCGGUCUCUGGUGACGCUGUUCAGCGCGCCCAAUUACUGCGGCGAAUUCGACAACGCGGGAGCCGUGAUGGGAGUCAGCCAAGACCUCACCUGCUGGUUCAACAUCGUGCCUCCUGACCGUCGCCGAGUGUACAUCAAGAAAUGAGAGCGGGGAGAAACUAAGCUGGAAUUAUUAUUUAUUAUGGCUGUAGCGUCAGCGAGGAGAUGGAGAUCCCGGCCUAACCAAGACAGUAGGAGAACCAAGACCUAAGGACUGUAACUUUCAACACGCCCGAAGAGACUUAUUGUAUCCUCAGCCGCCCCCUGUUGUUGUCUACCUACAGCGUCACCACUGCUACGUGUAGGGCUUGCUAUCAGCUAAUAUGUACACACAACUGUUAUGAAGACAGUGUGUGUGUGGUGCCCAUUUCGACCUGAAGUGUUCUGCCGAUUGUCCGUUGUAUUGUUGCCCAAAGGCGCAGCUGUAGAACUCAUAACAGCGGACUGAAGUGGGUUACCGAAUGUCUGUGUUUGUUAGCCUUCGCCUACAUGUUCUGUGUGUAGUGAAAUAAACCAUAGCCAAAGAAUAGAAUUUUGUCCUGGAUAGAGUUCCGCUAGUGCAGUCGGAGCUAUCACUCUUAUAUUUAUAACGAAAAUAAAUGAAAGUGGAGGAAAAAAUAAAGUGAUUUUACAAUAACUGUAUUACAUUGUGAAGUAUAUUAAUGAAAAGAAAUUCUUGUGGAUACU